GGAAAAAAGAAAAAAAAACAAACAAAAACAAACAAAAAGUCUCUCUCUCUCUCUCUCUCUCUCUCUCUCUCUGUGUGUGUGUCUCGUCGUUCGCCGUUCCGUUGAUCUCAGAUUCAGUCUUCACCAUGGCGGAGCGUGCUUCUUACGAAUUGGGUCCUCGAUUAGAUUUUCAGCAGUUACAAGUUGAAGCCCAGCAUCGGUGGUUGCGACCUGCAGAAAUUUGUGAAAUUCUUCGUAAUUAUCGGAUGUUUCAUAUCGCAACAGAACCUCAUAACAGGCCACCAAGUGGUUCACUUUUUCUUUUUGAUCGGAAGGUGUUGAGAUACUUUAGAAAAGAUGGGCAUAAUUGGAGAAAGAAAAAAGAUGGAAAAACUGUGAAAGAAGCUCAUGAAAAGUUGAAGGUGGGAAGUGUUGAUGUGUUACACUGCUACUAUGCACAUGGAGAAGAAAAUGAAAAUUUUCAGAGGCGAAGCUAUUGGAUGCUUGAACCGGAUAUGAUGCACAUAGUUUUUGUUCACUACUUGGAAGUUAAGGGUAACAAGACAAAUAUUGGAGGAGUUACCGAUAGUGAUGAGGUCACAUCAGAUUCCCAAAAGGUUACCUCUCCAUCGUAUGGCUUUCCCUCAAAUUAUAGCAGUGUACCUUCACCGAGUACCGAUUCCAUGAGCCCAACUAGCAGUUUGACAUCUUUACGUGAAGAUGCUGAUUCUGAGGAUAUUCACCAAACAAGUUCUGGAUUACGCCCAUUACUUGAGUCGCAACAAAUGGGGAAUGGUCGUCCUCUGGCGGAAAAGGUUGAUUCUGGUCCAAACAGUUCAUAUCUUAUGCAUCCCUUUUCAGGUAAUCAUGGACAUUCAUCAAUUUCUGGAACGGAUUAUAUCCCACCUGUUCACAGGGAUAAAUUUAGAGGAAAUGAUGCUACUUAUAUUGAUCGCCAGAAAGCACAUGGCAUGACAUCCUGGGACACUGUCUUGGAGCAAUGCUCUGCAGAAUUGCAUAGCGAUCCUUCUGUUGUAUCAUUUCCUUCCAUGCCAUCUAGUUCAAUGAGAAAUAUCCUUGAACAAGAGCAUACCAUUUUGGGUGGUCUUUUAGAGAGCAAAAGUGGUCUCACUGAGGAAGCAGGGAGCUCUCAGUCUCUCCAAUCAAAUUGGCAGAUUCCUUUUGAAGACAAUUCAGGACAUAUGCUGACCUUAACCCAAUCAUUGGGUUUGGAAUUUGGAUCUGAUUAUGUCCCUAGUUUACUGGGGAAUGAAACUCAUAAUGCCAGUUCUGAAAUUGCUCCUGUCCUAUUUAGUUUUUCUGGUGAGCCAAAAGAGCAGCUUGUGCAGCAAAACUAUCCAGAACAGCAUGCUGAUGGACAUUCUCAGGAUGCACUAUCUGCAAAUAAAGUUCCUGGUGAAGAAAGUAUCAGCUAUGCCUUAACUAUGAAGCGCACAUUAUUGGAUAGAGAUGGUAGCUUGAAGAAGGUUGAUAGCUUCUCUCGGUGGAUUACUAAAGAACUCGGAGAUGUGGAUGAUUUGAAUAUGCAGUCCUCAUCUGGUAUUUCGUGGAGUACAGAUGAAUGUGGACAUGUGAUAGAUGAUACCUCAUUGAGCCCAUCUCUCUCUCAGGACCAACUGUUUAGCAUUAUUGAUUUUUCGCCUAAAUGGGCUUUUGCUGAAUCGGAAAUUGAGGUGUUAAUUAUUGGAUCAUUUUUGAAGAGUGAACCGGAGGUGACAACCUGUAACUGGUCCUGUAUGUUUGGGGAAUUGGAGGUUCCUGCUGAGGUUUUAGCUAAUGGAAUUCUGUGCUGUCAAGCUCCGCCUCAUAAGGUUGGACGGGUCCCUUUCUAUGUAACAUGUUCCAAUAGGUUAGCUUGUAGUGAAGUGCGGGAAUUCGAUUACAGAGAGGGCUUUUCUGGAAAUGUAGAUUUUGCAGAUUUUUGUAACAGUUCAACUGAAAUGCUGCUUCAUUCUCGGCUGGAGGAGUUGCUUUCUUUAAAACCAGUGAACCCUUCAAAUCAAAACUUUGAGGGUUAUAUGGAGAAAGGAAAGUUAAUUUUUAAGCUUAUUUCCCUGAGGGAGGAAGAAGAAUAUACGAGUAAGGAAGGAGAGCUUAUAGAGAUGGAUAUAUCGCAACAAAAGGUGAAGGAGCAUCUGUUUCACAGGCAGGUUAAGGAGAGGCUGUACUCAUGGCUUCUUCACAAAAUAACUGAGAGUGAUAAAGGGCCAAAUGUAUUAGAUAAGAAUGGGCAAGGUGUCCUACAUUUAGCAGCUGUUCUUGGUUAUGAUUGGGCCAUAAAACCAAUUUUAUCCGCUGGAGUUAAUAUCAACUUCCGUGAUGUGAAUGGAUGGACAGCUCUACAUUGGGCGGCAUCCUGUGGCAGGGAGCGGACAGUUGCUGUCCUUGUCUCCAUGGGUGCAGAUUCUGGAGCAUUGACGGAUCCAUCUCCAGCAUUUCCUUCAGGUAGAACACCUGCAGAUCUUGCCUCUAACAAUGGGCACAAAGGAAUCUCUGGUUUUCUUGCUGAGUCUUCAUUAACUAGCCACCUCGAAUUCCUCACAAUGGAUGAUCAACAUAACGGUGGUAGGGAAGAAAUUUCAGGAAUAAAAGCAGUGCAGACAGUUUCAGAACGAACUGCAACACCUGUACUCUAUGGUGAUAUGCCAGAUGCCCUCUGCCUUAAGGAUUCUCUUACUGCUGUCCGCAAUGCUACACAAGCUGCUGAUCGUAUACAUCAAGUAUUCAGAAUGCAGUCAUUUCAGAGGAAGCAGUUAACUCAAUAUGAAGAUGAUGAGUUUGGAUUGUCAGAUCAGCUAGCUCUUUCCCUUCUAGCUUCUAAGGCGCAUAAAUCUGGACAAGGAGACGGUUUAGCCAAUGCUGCAGCUGUACAAAUACAGAAAAAGUUUCGUGGUUGGAAGAAGAGAAAAGAAUUCUUGAUCAUUCGUCAAAGAAUUGUUAAAAUCCAGGCCCAUGUAAGAGGUCACCAGGUAAGGAAGCAGUAUAAAACGAUAAUCUGGUCUGUGGGAAUCCUGGAGAAGGUAAUAUUACGCUGGAGACGUAAGGGUAGUGGUUUACGUGGAUUUCGACCAGAAGCCCUUAAUAAGGUCCCCAGUCAAGAAAAUGAUCCUCCGAAAGAGGAUGACUAUGAUUAUCUUAAGGAAGGACGGAAACAAAGUGAGGAAAAGAUCCAAAAGGCCCUUUCAAGGGUGAAGUCCAUGGUUCAGUAUCCAGAGGCACGGGCUCAGUACCGGCGGCUGCUAAAUGUUGUCGAGGACUUCCGUCAAACCAAGGCAUGUAAUAUGGGUUUGAUUAGUUCUGAAGAGACAGUUGAUGGCGUGGAGGAUUUGAUUGAUAUUGAUAUGCUUUUAGAUGAUGAUAAUUUCAUUCCUAUAGCAUUUGAUUGAUUCUCUGCGGGGUUGGCUUUAUGUGGCACUGGGUAAGUCCUAACAUCGCCUUGAUGUAUAUAUUUCUAAUCAAAAUUACUUGGAUCUAAGGCUGAUUAUAAAUAGAUUAUGAUAGCUAGCAUGCAUUCUGGUUUGACAGUUAAGAUAUUGUAAUCUAAUGAGACAUGGUUCCAUUUUAUUUAUGGUGAUUUUUAUAUGCCAGGAUGAUUCUGUUUAUAAUUGGUUAGGGGUUAUAGCAUAAUGGUGUACUGUGUAACUGCAAUUUGUACAAAAGUCGACUCUGGCGAGAGGAAUUAUAAACAAGUGCAAAUUAUGAUAUCGAGCUUUUUGUACCGCUUACAUUUGAUUUCUUUUUUUUUCUUUUUUUAGUUCUUCUGCAACUUUGUAUGUCAGCUUAGUCAUAGCUUCCCCAUUUAUCUUGAAGUUCUCCAUUUUAGAUUCUGUACUAUUGCGUUGUAGAGGAUGCUACCGUAUGUUUAUCAUGAA